AUAUAUAUUGAAGCUGUCAUAUAACUUAAUUACAUGACAUUAACUGAAAUAUACAGCAGAAUUAUCAGAUGACAAUGAAUGAACAGGCAAGAGACGCCGAGUGAUUGAAAUAGCUCACAGUGUGUCUUUGGAAGCUUGAUGUGGUGAUGGUUUAUAAUUAGUUACCCAGACAUCAAGAUUUCUUAUUAUUAGAUUGGCUAGACUGCCUUAAGAGUAGAUUUAGGCGUAGCUUGUAGAUGUUAGCGAUGCCUCACAAAAAUAUACUACCGCUGAUAAUUAUAUUACAUAAUUUUCUGCUAUCACUCAGUCAAAACAUUGGUAGUCCACCAGAAAUAAUCACAAUUGGAGGAGUACUAAGUUCUAAAAUAGCACAGAACGAAUUUGAAAAGUCUGUUAACAAUUUGAAUUUGUUAAACGGACGAAUAAAUCUGCAUUUUAAUUCUACUUCCAUUAUCAUGGACCCGAAUCCUAUUCAAUCUGCUAUAAAAUUGUGUGAUAAUGUUGUGUCACAAGGGGUCCAGGUCAUGGUCGUGAGCCAUCCACCAGGAGGUGACAGCCAGCCACCUAUUUCAGUAUCGUAUACCUGUGGAUUUUAUCAGAUACCUGUAAUUGGAAUAUCUGCUAGAGACAGUGCAUUCUCUGACAAGAAUGUACAUCCAACAUUUCUUAGAACAGUUCCACCAUAUUUCCACCAAGCGGAUGUGUGGUUAGAAUUGUUGAAGCAUUACGGAUGGAAGAAGGUCAUCUUUAUCCACAGUAUGGACGAAGAAGGAAGGAUGAUACUCAGUAGGUUCCAAGCUCUGGCAGAAAAAGAAGAUAUUUCAGUUGAAGAAACUAUAAAAUAUGAAGCAGGUGAUAAUAGCUUUGAAUCACUCCUUACAGCCAUACCAUCAUUUGAGUCCAGAGUUAUACUUCUAUCAGCUACAAAAGAAGAUGCUGAAAACAUUUUUGAUGAAGCUUCAAAAAGGAGUUUGUUGGGUGAAGGUUAUGUAUGGAUAGUUAGCGAACAGGCAAUGAAGGCAACAAAUGUUCCUGUAGGUGCACUUGGUUUAGAACUAUUCAAUGCAACAGCAGAAAAUGUUCACAUCAAAGAUGCUGUGACUAUAAUUGGCAAAACAAUAAGAAGUUUGUUUAAAAACGACAACCUAACCACAGUCAGUGACGUCAGUAAUAGUUGUAAAAAUAGGAAGAGCAGUGGUGAAACCAGCGGCAAAAUCAUAUACAGAGGCCUUUUAAAGGAAAGACUAGAUAAUGCCAUAACUGGACAGAUCACCUUCAACAAUGAUGGUGACCGUCUCAAUCCUAUCUACUACUUUAAAAACAGACAGCCAAUGGGAAUUGUUCCUGUAGGAUAUUUUGGAAAUAAGGAGGCUAUGGUCCCAGCCUUGGAUAUAUCAGACAAUAUUACCUGGCCAGGAAAUAUAAAUACAAAACCUAAAGGGCUAAAUAUUGUUACUCAUCUAGAGGUAGUGACACUUGAAGCCAAGCCAUUUGUUCACACACGACUACGCUCUGAAGGAGGGCCUUGCGGUACUGAUGAGGACAAAUUUGAACUCCCAUGUAACCAUGUAAAUAUGUCUACAAAUGUAACAACAGAGUAUUGCUGUUGGGGAUAUUGUAUGGAAAUGUUACGGGAAAUUUCACAGAUGGUCAAUUUUACUUAUGAUGUCCAUAUUAGUCAUGACAAGACUUUUGGUUCUUUUGAAAAGAGGAGAGGAUCAAAGACCAAGCAGUGGAAUGGUAUGGUUGGAGAACUAGUUAGUAAACAAGCAGAUCUAAUUGUAGCUCCACUGACCAUUAACCCUGAGAGAGCUAAUUAUAUUGACUUUUCUAAACCAUUCAAAUACCAAGGACUUAUCAUUUUGGUCAAAAAGACAGCCAAAAGUUCAAACCUUGCAUCAUUUCUACAACCUUUCCAAGACACACUGUGGAUAUUGGUAGGGUUAUCUGUCCAUGUGGUGGCACUAGUAUUAUACCUUCUUGACAGAUUUAGUCCUUUUGGCAGAUUCAAGCUGGCUAAGAGUGAUGACACAGAGGAAGAUGCCUUGAAUUUAUCCAGCGCCAUGUGGUUUGCUUGGGGAGUACUGCUAAACAGUGGUAUUGGAGAAGGAACACCGAGAAGUUUCAGUGCUAGAGUAUUAGGAAUGGUGUGGGCAGGAUUUGCUAUGAUCAUAGUUGCCUCUUACACUGCCAACUUGGCUGCCUUUCUUGUGCUAGACAGACCAGAAGCCUCCAUCACAGGCAUUGAUGAUGCUAGGUUAAGAAAUCCAAAUGAGAAUUUCAACUAUUCAACUGUAAAAAAUAGUGCUGUGGAGAUGUACUUCAAACGACAAGUGGAGUUAUCUACCAUGUAUCGUCAGAUGGAGGAACGGAAUUAUCUAACAGCAGAAGAUGCCAUUGAUGCUGUCAGAAAUAAUAAACUUGAUGCCUUUAUAUGGGACUCCUCUAGAUUGGAAUACGAGGCAGCUAAGGAUUGUGACCUGAUUGUUGCUGGUGAACUGUUUGGGAGAUCAGGACUUGGUGUAGGUCUACAGAAGAGGAGUCCUUGGACACAUGAUAUCUCUAUGGCUAUUCUUGGAUUACAUGAGAAGGGUAAAAUGGAGCAGCUGGAUAAUGAUUGGAUUUUAAAAGAGAGUUCGGAGUGUCCAUUAGAGGGAUCAGCACCAGCAACACUAGGACUUACCAAUAUGGCAGGUGUAUUUAUGAUGGUGGCAGGAGGUAUCGUGGCUGGUGUAUUCCUCAUUUUUGUAGAGAUAACCUACAAAAGAUAUCGUGGUCUAAAGGAGAAGGAGUUAGAACUGGCUCGUAAUGCUGCUGAUAGAUGGAGAGGAAACAUAGAGAAAAGAAGAACUUUAAGGCAGACACUUCAGAGACAGAGGGAUGAGCAGUUUGCCGCAAUUCCUAUCAACAUGAAGGGAAUCCCCCUUAAUACAAAUGGUGGCAGUAACAGCUCAAUGCAUGGGGAAACCCAGGGGGAAACCCAUAAUCCAGGAAAACGUCUGUCUUAUACAGAGGCCACUGGAAGUAAACUCUACAGUCCACCAACACAACCAAGCUUACCAUCAGCAUCAAGUCAGUCUGAGAGUCGGUCUGUUACUAUAAAUAACCCUGCCUAUGGAGAUAUUAUGAACCAGGAUGAUAAUUUUGUGUAGGUCUGUUACUAUAAAUAACCCUGCUUAUGGAGAUAUUAUGAACCAGGAUAAUAAUUUUGUGUAGGUCUGUUACUAUAAAUAACCCUGCUUAUGGAGAUAUUAUGAACCAGGAUGGUGAUUUUUUGUAAGUCUGUUACUAUGAAUAACACUGCUUAUGGAGAUAUUCAUGAACCAGGAUGAAAAUUUUGUGUAAAAAAAUCCAGCAAAGUUUCAAGGAAUUGUCAGAUUAUUAUGACAGUUUAAUAUUUUUAUACUUUGAAGUGCAAUAAUAAUUCUAGAUAAGUGCAAUAACUAAAGUAUAUUUUAAAGCUUUUCUAUGUAUAAAGACUGAGAAUUUUGUUAGAAAUUUCAAUACAAUUAUGUGAUGGGUUGAUAUUUCAGAUACUAAAUAUGUAUUUACUUGAUUUUUAUUUAAAACCUUUUUCUAUAUAGAAUUCCUGCUCUUUCUAAGAUUAAAUACUCAUUUAUGUUUGUACAUUAAACAGCAUUAUUAAGAUAUAAAAUGUGUUAGUAAAGCUUUAAAUGAUUCUUAAAUUGUUUAGAUACUGCUGUUUUAAAUCUCAAAAUGUAGUGUUUAAUAACCAACCAUACAGUAUGGUUUUUUUUCUCAUUUACAAAAGCCUUAGAGUGGGGUGCUCAUUUCGCCAUAUCUUUCCAUGUUUUCUACAGUUAAUGUUCAGGUCUAUAUGUUUUUGAAGUAAACUGAUAUUUGUAUAUGAAGAUAACUUCAAAUGCAAACCAUUCCUAAGCUUGAAAACAUGUUUGUUUGAAAAUAAUCAUCUGUAAAGUUAGAUUAAAGGGUGUUUGAAAUUUCCCAAAGUUUUGUCAAUGGGGGACACAUAUUCGCCGUUUUUACACAUCUAUUUAAAACCAAAAAACUGCAGCUUUAUAUAAUAUUGAUGAAAUAAAUGUCAUUCUAGAUGAACAGCAGACAUUUCAAAGGUGUGAAACACAGAAAUUUAGGCCAAUCAGUAAAAAAAUUACUAAGAAAAAUAUCUUUGAAAAAUCUCGUUUUUCAUUCAGGAAAUUGACCGAAAAUCAUUGUCCGUUUUUGGUCUUUUCCAGUAAGUGCCGUAGUUUUGUUUAAGUAAAGGAAAUAAUCAUAUUUGUUAUAAAAUUAUGAUUUAUCGGCAUAUUUCUUCCAUUUUAGCCAUCAUUUGAAGUGUUUACACCUCAAAAUCAUACAACGGCGAAAUUGUGUCCCUGGCGAAUAUGGGCCCCCCACUCUACAGACUGUUGACUUAUAAUAAUAACCUAUAUCCACUUCAUCUAAAACAAAAAUAAUUGCUUUUAAUUCAAAAAAGAUGUUUUUUAAGUAAAAUUUGCACAAGACUGCAGUGGACAACCAUAAAAAUAUCAUUAAAAUGUUGGAAAAAAAAGUAAAAUCACAAAAAAAAAAUAAUUCCAAG